CCAUGUAAUUUUCCAUGAAAACAAUAUGCCAUUUUCAACUUGUUUUUAUAAACAAUGUUUUUCACAAACCUAUAUUGCAUCCUGAUCUCUCGAGAUUAAAAGUCUGACUAUAAAAGAAGGUCACAAUAAAGUCAUUAGGGUGAUUUCCUCUUUUGAGUAAAUGGCGUCAGUAGUCUAUUUGUGUGCAUUUCUGAGUUUUAUUCUUAAAAUCAGUUUAUGUGAUAUACCAAAAUGCAAAAUCCAGCAAACAUUCCCACUCAGUGGAUUAUAUAGAAGUGGAGACAUUAUGAUAGGAGGCAUUUUUGAAGUAAGCACCAAAGCAGUUUUGCAGGAGUCACUGAUCCAAUCCAAACCUGGACAGUGGAAGUGUGAAGGUUUUGAUAUUUCAUUAUUUCAGACAGUGCAGGCUAUGGUGUUUGCUAUUGAAGAAAUAAAUAAAGAUGACAGUCUUCUUCCAAAUAUAACGAUGGGUUACAGCCUAUAUGAUAAUUGUAUGAAACUGCCUGUCGCACUGAGUGCAGCAGCAGCCUUAAUAGGCGGUCUAGAUGAAAAUAUCUUGGAUUAUUACUGUACUGGUCUGCCUCCAGUUCUGGCCAUCAUUGGUGAUCCUGCAUCAACGCAUUCAAUAGCCAUAUCAAGAAUACUCAGCCUUUUUGGCAUUCCACUGAUUAGUUAUUAUGCUACAUGUCCUUGCUUAAGCAAUAAACAAGAAUACCCAUCAUUUUUUAGAACAAUCCCAAGUGAUGCUUUCCAAGUGAUGGCAAUUCGUGACAUUCUUAGACAUUAUGGAUGGACCUGGGUUGGUGUGGUAGCAAGUGACGAUGACUACGGGCAGUAUGCAGUGAAGACCUUUAGUGAAGAAAUAAAGAAUUUUGCUUGCAUUGCUUUUUCAGAAACUAUCCCUAAAAUUAAUGAAAAUCUAAAAGUUUCUAAAAUUGCAAAUACUAUACGAGAGUCAAGUGCAAAAGUCAUUGUGGUAUUUUCAUCUGGUUCUGAUUUAAUCAGCUUAGUUAAAGAAAUUAUUCACCAAAACAUAACUGGCAAGCAAUGGAUUGCAAGUGAAGCAUGGAGCACAUCUCAUGUAUUAAUCACCAUGGACAUCUUCAAAGUGUUUGGAGGUACACUGGGCAUCUCCAUUCAUAAAGGUGAAAUCUCAGGAUUUCUGGAGUUUCUGUACAAAGUACAUCCCAAUUUUAACCCUACCAACAAAUUAGUACAGCAGUUCUGGGAAACAAUAUUCAAAUGUAAGUUUAAGGACAUUGUCAAUGGUACAGAUUGGUCAGACAGUAAGCUAUGCACAGGAACUGAGGAUAUAAAAGCAACAGCAACUGCCUACACAGAUGUCACAGAAUUAAGAGCUUCUUAUAAUAUUUAUAAAGCUGUGUACGCCAUAGCGUAUGCCCUGCAUAAUUUCAUUUCUUGUGAUGCAGAAAACAACUCAUUUAUGAAUAAAACAUGUCGUAUCACAAAUGUACAACCCUGGCAGGUUCUUUAUUAUUUGAAGAAAGUCAAUUUCACCACUCAUAUGGGAGACAGAGUGGCUUUUGAUGAAAAUGGAGAUGCCCUUGCAAUUUAUGACAUAGUGAACUGGCAAGAAAGUAUUAAUGGAACAGUAAAAAUAAAAACUGUUGGUUUAUAUGAUAGAUCUCUGCCAACUGGCCAAGAAAUAAAUCUUAAAGAAAAUGAAAUUUUUUGGAAUUUUAAUAAUCAAAAGAGUCCUGAAUCAGUAUGCAGCAGAAGCUGUCCACCUGGAAUGAGAAAAGCCACACGGAAAGGACAGCCUGUUUGCUGUUUUGACUGCAUACCGUGUGCUGCAGGAGAAAUCAGUUUUGAAAUUGAUUCUCUUGAAUGCAUCAAGUGCACAUCUGAAUUCUGGCCAAAUUCUGGAAGAAAUGAAUGUGUUCUUAAAGAAAUUGAGUUUCUGUCAUAUGAAGACUCGAUGGGAAUCACAUUAACAACAACAGCCUUGUCAGGAGCCUGCUUAUCGAUUGGCGUCUUGGCAGUUUUUAUUCAUUACAGGAACACUCCGGUUGUUAAGGCCAACAAUUCUGAACUGAGCUUCCUCUUGCUGGUGUCACUGAUCCUUUGUUUCCUUUGUGCACUGUGUUUCAUAGGCCAACCUUCACACUUAACAUGUAUGAUAAGACAUGUAUUGUUUGGAAUAAGUUUUGUUCUUUCUGUUUCUUGCAUACUUGUAAAAACAAUUGUUGUGAUAAUGGCAUUUAAAAGUACACUUCCUGGUCAUAACAUAAUGAAAUGGUUUGGUACCUCACAGCAAAGAGGCACUGUUUUCUUCUUUACUUUUAUACAGUCUUUGAUUUGCAUCAUUUGGCUAACUAUAGCACCCCCUAUUCCUGCUAAAAACAGUAAAUACCAAAAUUCAAAGAUUAUAUUUGAAUGUGACAUUGGAUCAAUAGCUGGCUUUGCCUGCUUGAUGGGCUACAUUGGUCUGCUGACAUGCAUUUCAUUUUUAUUGGCUUUUCUUGCACGGAAUCUGCCAGACACUUUCAAUGAAGCCAAGUUUAUCACAUUUAGUAUGCUUAUUUUUUGUGCAGUCUGGAUAACAUUUAUUCCUGCUUAUCUUAGCACUCCUGGGAAAUAUACAGUUGCUGUUGAAAUUUUUGCAAUUUUAGCUUCAAGUUUUGGCCUGUUAUUUUCAAUAUUUGCCCCAAAAUGCUAUAUUAUUUUAAUUAGGCCAGAGUUAAAUACAAAGAAAGCCCUAAUGGGCAGAGGGGAGUCUAAGAAAUAAAUUCUAAGUUUUAUGCUGUUUAAAUGAGUUGUUCCUCAUGUUUGACAGGAUUUCAUUCUUCAGUGUAAUAGAUAUUUUGUCUCUGUAUCUAUCUCUCUAUCUACUUAUCAUUUUAAUUUUAGACAAGGAUCUAUCAAUCUGUUUGUUUAACAGAAUACACAACAAAAUGAGAAUGAUAUACUGAAUGUAUUAUUUUUGGAUUUACUGAAAUAAAAACAGUAGUGCUAAUAAGGACUGCUCACCAUGCCACACCAGCUCCUGCAGUGGGUUUGUCUUUUUAUAGCCUUCAGCUGGCACUGAAGCUUGUCUAUGGAUUAAUAGCCGGCCAGCUCAGGCUGUUAUUAUUUCU